AUAAACUGUCAAUUUUGACAACUCGCAAAGAGAAGUAUUCUGCGUUAAAUAUAUAUCCAAAACAAUGGAUUUUAUUUAUAAAUAAAGAACAACGUGAGCUGAAAAAAUCGCAAAAACUACCAAGCAAAUUUGGCAUAAAAUAUAAUUUAAUAAUAGAACAAAACCGAUUUCUUUUUUAUGUAUGUUCGAUGUCAACGUUGAACCAAAUUGUAUUUAUGCGAACUUUUGAAAAUAUUUAAAAAAACCUUUUAAGUGCAACAGGUUAAUAAAUUAUUAACGAAAUCAUGUCCAUUUUGCGUCAUUGUGGUGUAGUGCUUUCGCGCUCCUAUAAAUUACCAUUAUAUGGUGCUAUUUGUCGGCAAGCGCAGUCUUCACUAUUGCAGCCACAAGCAUUGGCAGCUGUAAAAACCGUCGAUGUCCGCGGUCACAAGCGCUUCGGCCAUGAAAAGCAGAAAACUCCUGGAUUUACUAUAUUUUUCCAUGCUACUGUAAUGACUGUAUUAUUUCUAUCAUUAAUGGACUACAAAAGAAUCAAGCGUUACUUCCUUAAAAGGGUCGAUACAGAAGAGGCACAUCCUAACCAAGAUAUACGGUAUGAAUUUGUUAACGAAAAUUCUAAAUUAACUGAUAAUAUGGAGAAAAGUGAAGACGAAGAAGAGGAGGAUAAAUCAAAUGAUAAAAUAGGUUUUCGCGAUCGCAAGAUAAUUGAAUACGAAAAUCGCAUUAGACAAUUUUCGACACCAGACAAAGUAUUUCGAUACUUUGCCACAAUUCAAAUUCCAACCGCCGAUGAACGCUAUGAAAUUUUCAUGACACCAACUGAUUUUCUCACUAGCAUGACACCCGGAAUGAAGCAACCAGAGGGUUUGGGCCUUGAUCAGUAUCGGCGGUACGAUCCAAAGUCGGUCGCUGAAGCUUUAAACCUUCAAUUGGAAAAGAACAGCAUAUUUUAUAAACUUGGCUCUUCCGGACUAAUCACUUUCUCUGACUAUAUCUUUUUGUUGACUGUGCUUUCGACCUCUCGUCGCCAUUUUGAAAUUGCUUUUCAAAUGUUUGACCUGAAUGGAGAUGGGGACGUUGACUGUGAAGAGUUUGAGAUGGUAGCUACACUAAUACGUCAGCAGACAAGCAUUGGCAGUCGACAUCGUGACCAUGCGAACACUGGCAACACCUUUAAGGGCGUGAACUCAGCACUUACCACUUAUUUCUUCGGAAAAAAUCUGGACCAAAAACUUACAAUCGAGAGAUUUUUGAACUUCCAAUAUCAAUUACAACGUGAGAUCUUAUCGCUGGAGUUUCAACGCAAACAGCCCGACGAAAAUGGUAGAAUAUCUGAGGCCGAUUUUGCGGAACUAAUGUUGGCUUAUGCUGGAUAUCCAUUGAAAAAGAAGCAUAGGAAAGUGAAGCGUGUCAAACGUCACUUCAAAAACAAUAGUACUGGCAUAUCCAAAGCUGAUUACCUGGAUUUCUUUCACUUCCUGAAUAAUAUCAACGAUGUCGAUACGGCGUUAACUUUUUACCACAUCGCCGGUGCCUCAAUCGAUCAAGCGACACUAAAACACGUUGCCAAGACCGUAGCCAUGGUCGAUUUAUCUGAUCACGUGAUCGAAGUUGUCUUUGCCAUUUUCGAUGACAACAAUGAUAAUCAACUGAGCAAUCGGGAGUUUGUUGCUGUAAUGAAGAAUCGUGUCCAGCGCGGCUUAGAGAAACCAAAAGAUACUGGUUUCAUUAAACUUUUACGUUCUAUGCUGAAAUGUGCUAAGGAGACAAAACCAGUGCUAUUGGACCUUUAAAUCAUUUCAGAAAAAUAAAAGAAAAUAUAUAGAAUUUUUUAUUUAUUUACUUAAUAUUAGCGAAUUCCGCACAUAAAUGACCUUGCAAUGUCGUUAUAAUAAUUUCUUUGGUGAUCCUCAAGUUUUUCAAUUUUUAUUUAUUUAUUUUAAUCAUCAUAUAUAUACUCGUAUAGGUAUAUAAUACAUAAAUAUCGAUGUAAUUAAUAUAAUACAUAUUUAUGAACUUUAUAGACUUACAAUUGUUACAUGCUUUAACCAAAAAUGGUUCCUUGAGGACGAGUUUCACUUGGGCCCAUUUUAGAAAGAACGCCUUUUUCUUAUCAAUCUAAUCAAACAUUUUAUUUAUUUUAAGUUAUUUAUUACGUUAGUUACUUUAAACGCUUUUUUCCUGUAUAUUUUUCAAAUCUGUCAAUCUGACGUAUAAAGUUACAUUUCUAAAAUAAAUAUACAUUUUAA